ACCAUUGAGAAUUUUUCUCUAAUUAAUUUUGUUGGGUAAUUUUCCUCUCGAUAGGUAGAGGCGUUUGGGGUCGUUCUUGAACAAAACCCUCGAUAAUAACUUCACAAAUUCUCAUAUACCUACUUUGAUCGCCGCCGUUGACGGUUAUCUUGAUCGGAACAAUGGUGUACAUUGUUUCAUGGGACGAUUUUGUCGAACGAUCCGUUCAGUUGUUCCGCAAUAGCCCUCAAAACACUCGUUAUGUGAUGAAAUACAGACAUUCUGAUGGUAAAUUGGUCCUCAAGGUCACUGAUGACAAAGAGUGUCUGAAGUUUAAAACCGAUCAGGCACAAGAUGCUAAAAAGAUGGAGAAGCUCAACAACAUAUUCUUCACCCUCAUGGCUCGCGGUCCUGAAACUGAUAUAACGGAGGUCACCGGAAAAGAACAAAUAGCGCAGCCUCCCAAAAGAGGCAGGGGAAGGAAGCAAUAAUUUUCAAGCCAUUUCAUUGUUGGUUUUCUGGACUUAUCACAAAGCCCCAUUUUGUUAAAUUUACAAGUAUUAACCUUUUUUUGUUAAGUUGUAUGAAUCCAGUAGAUCUUUUGGGGUGAACUCUUUUGCAAUAUUUUAUAUUUCUACUUUUGCUUUGCAUUGCAGAAUCUCAGAAUCUUAUUCUA